CCCCCCAACCCCAAACCUACAGCCAGGCAUAGAGAGAGCGAGAGGGGUCGGGAUCCAUGGCGGAUAAGGAGAACUGCGCCCCUCGCCUCACCCGCGCGGCCGCCAAAAGGGCCGCCUCCGCUCAAGUCCCCAGUCCCCCCGCCCAGCCGCCGGCCAAGAGGAAGCGCGUGGCCCUCAGCGAGCUCCCCACCCUCUCCAAUGUCGUCACCCUCGCCACGGCGGACCCCUCCACCCCUCCCCCUUCUAAGCUUAAAUCGAAGCCCAGGAAGAAGGUGGAGGAGUCGGAUGACCGGGAACUUGCUCGGGUUGAAGUUGCUACCUCGUCGGAUGGUGGCUCCGACAUUGAUGAUCCGCAGAUGUGUGCGCAUUAUGCGUCUGAUAUCUAUCAGUACCUCAGAUCAAUGGAGGUGGAGGCAAAGCGGAGGCCUUUGGCGAAGUACAUGGAGACGGUUCAGAGCGAUGUCACCGCCAAUAUGAGGAGCAUUCUUGUGGAUUGGCUGGUCGAGGUGGCGGAGGAAUACAAGCUGGUCUCUGAUACCCUACACCUCACCAUCUCGUACAUUGAUCGGUUCCUUUCGUUCAAUGCGAUCAACAGGCAACGACUGCAGCUCCUGGGGGUGUCCUCCAUGCUCAUUGCUUCGAAAUAUGAAGAGAUUAGCCCACCUAAUGUGGAAGAUUUCUGUUAUAUCACGGAUAAUACGUACACAAAGCAAGAGGUGGUGAAAAUGGAGAGUGACAUCCUAAAGUUUCUGAAGUUUGAGAUGGGCAAUCCCACCAUCAAGACUUUCCUGAGGCGAUUCAUACAGGCAGGUCAAGAAGAUGGCAAAUACUCAAAUCUGCAAUUUGAGUUCUUGGGAAGCUACCUUGCGGAGUUGAGUUUGCUGGACUAUGGCUGUGUUCAGUUCUUGCCAUCAGUAAUUGCAGCUUCUGCUGUUUUUGUUGCUAGAUUCACACUUGAUCCCAAAAGCAAUCCUUGGAACAAAAGAUUGAAAGAGUGUACUGGUUAUAAUGUGUCUGAUCUGAAGGAGUGCAUUCAUGCCAUACUUGACUUACAGUUGAACAAAAAGGCAUCCACCUUGUUGUCUAUCAGAGAUAAAUACAAGCAGCACAGGUUCAAGUGUGUGCCAUCCUUGGUUCCUCCCACUGAGAUUCCUGCAAUCUACUUCAAUGAUCCCAAGUUGUAGUUUUCUGGGAAGAGUCAUCGUGACUUUGUAGUAAAUGAGAUCCCUCCCUUGAAUGUGAAGGAACAUGAGACUUCAAUCUGGCUUCUCCUGAGGAUAACUCUGAAGCGCUCUGGAUGUAUCUAAUGUCUUAAUCAAAACAUUGUGGACCUGAUGCUCAAGAAGGCAUCGAAACUUGCUGACUGCAGUUUUGCUGAUGAAAAAUACAUGCUUUUUUGGAGGUAGGAAGAACAGACUUAUGCUCAAGUUUUACCAUGUAGGAACAUAGGAAAUACUGUGUAUUCUUGUUCUCACAUGACUUUGAAGACAUGUAAGGUGCAUAUGGGUUGCUCAUUUUGUUCAGGUUGAGCAGAUGAAGUUUGAGAAUUUGCAAUUAAUAUCAAAAUAUUUUGAUUAUGUCCUUGUGUGUGUGUAUGUGUGUGUCUGUGUGUAUAUGUGUGUAUGUAUAUUCUCAUUGGCUCGGAUCUCUUUUA